GGUGCGAACAAGCAAAUCCGACGCAAAGCAAGCGCCUAACGCACGUACGCCGGCAGCAUCAUCAAGUACCUCUUUCUUUUCUAUUCCUUUUUUGUGAGACCGUAGCCGAAAACGUACACAACUGAUACACGUGAUCCCCCAAUCCUCCUUACUCGGCGGUAUAGUAACAUAGACAUUCCGCGCCACCAAAGACCAAGAUAAACAUAAUCAAGCCAGCAAACGGGAAAAGGAGGGGAAAAAGAAAGCGAGGCAUCGUAAUUCUCCAACUGAGACCAACGCGAGAAGUUCCCUCCUGCUUACCAAAAAGAAAAAAGAAGAACCCUUACGCUUCACUUUUUUGUUUUGUACCCACACACGUCUUCCCGUGGAAGCAAACAACGCGAACCCGAUAAAGCGUAUUUUGGCUCCGCUGCAAAGCUACGUACGAUCCUUUUUUCUUUUUGUUUCCUCUCCUCCGUGUUUUUCUCCUUCGUUCUCUUUACCUUCUCCACUUGAGCAGGCCCGUUUUGUCAAGGAGAGGAAAAGAAGAAAGAAGAAACGAGUAUACAUAUAUAUCUCGAAGCACACGCACGGUGUGCUGAUAUACAUAUAUAUAUAUUUCAGGUGCCUGCAUUCGUGUUCUCUUUUUAUUCGAUACACAAACAUACACACGCACGAUGCCGAAAGUUCCACGUACGGCAGACGUGGCGCGGCGCCUUGUCGACGCCUACGUGACGAGCCUGCGCCAGCACCUCCCCACUUAUUGCAUCCGUCAGUUGGACAAGCUGCCCGGCGCACCGGAGCAUCAGCUCACCCGACUACGCCAGUCCUACCCGGGGACUCCGACGGAGCUGCUGUACUUUCUGCAGCGCGUGAACGGGACGUGCUGGGAGCCUUUGGUCGCGCCUCCUGGAUCGGCGCCCCCUUCCGCAUCUGCCGCGGCUUCUGCUGCCGCUGCUGGUGGGGAAGACGCAGCUGCCGCUGCGUCGGGAGGGUGUGUGUCCACCUCCACUGCAGCCACAGCAACAACACCCCUUGCAUCAUCAUCUUCUAACACCUCCGCUGAGCCAAAUAAAGCAGCAAGAACCACGGCAGCUGCGACGGCGUCAGCGACCAAGCCCAGCGCAAAAGCCACCACCACCGCCGCCGCUGCCUCCAUCGCCUCCGAGGCAGCCGCCUUCAUCAAAUCCACCCUGGCGAAGAAGGUAACCGGCAGCGCAGCCCGGCCGCGGCGCCUGCCACACUACGUCGCGCUGCCGAUCCUCGGCUCCGCCUACACCGGCUGCCCCUACUAUCUCAAGUCCGUCGAGCACAUGCUGCUGGCGGAGCAGCAGUUCCCGCCGCCGUCGGCCAACUUGCCGGAUGAAGGGGAGGGCUGGGCACCGCCGGCCACAUCGGCGACAGCUUCUACACCUUUGACGACGGCGUCUCCUCCCCCCUCCGCAACAGCGACGGCGGCUGCGCACGAAGGCGGGCUGUCCGAUGCCGCGGUGGCGGCGGCAGGCGUGCAGCUCAACACGAACACCAUCGCCUCCGUCUUUGCGGGCUACAAGAUUCUGUACGGCGCUCCGCCGUCCUCAGAUGCGAAGGCAUCAGCAGGAACGGCGACGUUAACAACGGCUGCCGCCGCUGGGGAGGCGGGGAAUGCGGCUGCGCCGACGAUGGAGGUCUCGCCGUCGACAAAUCCUGUAGCGGCUGUGAGUGAUGCUGCUGCGAAGACGCAAGGUGAUGAGAAGGUGGUCUAUGUGGACCCACGCAUUGACAUUCACGCCAACUUUUAUCACUGGCUGGUCUUUGCCGACAGCGUGCAGCCCCAUGUGCGUGACCCAGUGCCUACAAUUCCGGAUGCUGAUCCCGCUAAGGUAGCCGCCGCCGCCGCUGCUGCUGCUGCCCCCUCCGCGUCUGCUCCGUCUAAUGAUGCUGACAAGACUUCCGCAGCAAACGCAGCGCCCACCGCCGCCACGAACACCUCUACUGCGACUGCUGCUGCUGCUGGCACUGCGGCGAAGGCGGCAGUACCUGUGAAGGUGUUCGCGCCUUCGCGGCUGUACAUUGACUUCAAGCCGGUGGAGCUGCAGGGAGGUGUGUACGGGCAGGUGAUUCAGUUUAUGCAUGGGCAGCCCAGCAGCUUCACGGUGAUCGCGAACGACUUUGGCAGCUACUUGAAGUACAUCAUGAGUGAAGAGUAUGAUUUCACAAAGGAGCUGGAGGACGACGAGGACGAUGAGGAAGAUGACGGGGAGACAGAUUUGGUGACGCCGAAACCUCCGAAAAGCGAGUGA